GCCGGACGCAGGGAGGGAGCAGUUCGACGUCACGACGCUGCCGAGUUCGAUAAAAACAAAUGCAUCGCCGGAUCGCUUUGCUUAGUUUAUACACCUUCUCGGGCCGCGCGACGGAGGCGACUCGCCCGGGGUGGGGGGUUGCUUUUGCAUCUUCCCACGAGCCGGCCGUCACCUUCUCCCUCGCGGAAGCAUCUUCCCCAGCCUCGUUCUUGUUCCGGGAGUUGAAGGCAGGAAGAGCCAGGAGCCAUGAGCAACGAAUUCGAUUACCUGUUCAAGCUUCUCCUGAUCGGCGACUCCUCCGUCGGCAAGUCCUGCUUCCUCCUCCGGUUCGCUGACGACUCCUACGUCGACAGCUACAUCAGCACCAUCGGUGUUGACUUUGGGGGCUGCUUUUCCUGCAUUUUGGCUGGUCGAUCUACUGACCAUCCUUUCCCCCUUGUUCUGUUUGGGCAGAAAAUUCGCACCAUUGAGAUGGAUGGGAAGACCAUAAAGCUGCAGAUUUGGGACACAGCCGGGCAGGAACGAUUCAGAACAAUCACAAGUAGCUACUACCGUGGAGCUCAUGGGAUAAUUAUCGUUUACGACAUCACAGACAUUGAGAGCUUCAACAAUGUGAAGCAGUGGCUGAGUGAGAUUGACAGAUAUGCUAAUGACAGUGUAUGCAAGCUUCUCGUUGGCAACAAGUGCGAUCUGGCUGAGAGUAGGGCUGUUGAAACUGCAGCAGCACAGGCUUAUGCUGAUGAGAUAGGCAUUCCGUUCCUGGAAACAAGUGCUAAGGAAUCCAUCAACGUGGAGGAAGCUUUCUUGGCAAUGUCUGCAGCGAUCAAGAAAAGCAAAGUUGGGAGUCAGGCAGCCCUGGAGAGGAAGCCCUCCAAUCUAGUUCAGAUGAAAGGCCAGCCACUUCAGCAGCAGCAACAGCAGCAGAAGAGCAGAUGCUGUUCGACGUGAAGGCAUAAUGACCCUGUCUUGGUGUCUUUCAGGAAUCAGGAAGAUGGUAUAUCUGCUAUAUGUGUUUGUCUGCCUGAUCUUUUAUCAUCAGACACUUUGCAAAAAUGUACUAGCAAGUAGCAAGAAACUUGAUUAUUUAGGUGAUGCAAACAUCUAAUGUGAUCUGUGUCAGAACUCCGAGUGCCAAAUUUGAUAUUGCAUCCAAAGAGUUCUACCAUGUUAAACA